AUGCAAAGGUCUCUGCUGCCACUGCUGCUGAAGGAUUCUUGAAAUCCAAGGUUCAUGAAUCACAGGGUUCCGGCCAACAAAAGGUACCAGCCUACAGAAUAUGAACAUGCGGCCAACUGUGCCACACAUGCUUUCUGGAUUAUCCCCAGCAUCCUUGGCAGUUCCAACCUUUACUUCCUGUCUGAUGAUGACUGGGAAACAAUUUCUGCUUGGAUCUAUGGCUUUGGCCUAUGUGGCCUCUUUGUUGUCUCCACAAUCUUCCACACCAUCUCCUGGAAGAAAAAACACCUCAGGAUGGUGGAACACUGCCUGCACAUGUUUGACAGGAUGGUGAUCUAUUUCUUUAUAGCAGCAUCGUACGCCCCCUGGCUUAAUCUCCGGGAGCUUGGUCCCUGGGCCGCCCACAUGCGCUGGAUUGUCUGGCUCAUGGCUUCUGUUGGGACCAUCUAUGUGUUCUUCUUCCACGAACGAUACAAACUUGUGGAGCUGCUCUGCUAUGUCGUGAUGGGGUUUUUCCCAGCUCUAGUCAUCCUUUCUAUGCCCAACACUGAUGGAAUCUUGGAGCUCAUGACCGGAGGUGUCUUUUACUGCUUUGGGAUGGUGUUCUUCAAGAGUGACGGGCGGAUUCCCUUUGCCCAUGCCAUCUGGCACCUCUUUGUGGCAUUUGGAGCUGGCACCCACUACUAUGCCAUCUGGAGGUACCUCUACCAGCCCAACACACUGGAGUCAAAAGUGUCCAAAUGA